ACUAACUAAAAAUCUCUUCAUAAAUAAUCUUUUGGUCUAACAUGCCAACUGCUGCUGUUGUAGUGAUCGGCGCUGUUUUUACCAUAGGUUUUAUUGUGACACUGAUCAUAUGCAGAAACCGCAUCUGGGGAUUAUUCCGUGGAUUAAUUCAAUGUUUUUACGGCAUCUGCAAAUUAUUCUACGGGUUAAUUAAAUUUUUUUUCUACAUCAGCCUAUUAUUCUACAAAUUAAUUCUACUUUUUUGCCGAUUCUGUGGAUUUUUAUGUGGUCGAAAAUCUUCUAAGAAAAAAAUGGAUGACAUGAAAAGGAAAAAGCCCGUUCGAUUCACCUCUGAACAACUAAGAAUAGCCACAGACAACUUUAACAUCAAACUGGGUUCGGGUGGGUUUGGGACUGUUUACAAGGGUAUCAUCGGUAACAAGACACCUGUAGCAGUGAAAGUGCUAAAUGGGAGUUCUGAAAAAAGUAGUGAGCAACAAUUUAUGGCUGAAAUGAUUAUAUUGGGAAGAACCCAUCACUUUAAUCUGGUUAGGCUAUACGGGUUUUGCUUUGAGUCAAGCUUAAGAGCUCUUGUAUACGAGUUUAUGGUAAAUGGCUCCUUGGAUCACUAUUUGUUUAAAGCCAACAAAAAAACCAAUAUGCGGUCCGAGAAGCUCCAUGAGAUUGCACUGGGGACGGCAAGAGGUAUCACAUAUUUGCACGAAGAAUGUCAUCCAAGAAUAGUUCACUAUGAUAUCAAACCAGGAAACAUCCUGUUGGAUUCCAACUUUUGUGCAAAAGUAGCCGAUUUUGGUUUAGCCAAACUUUGCAACAGUGAUAACUCUCAUAUAAUGAUGACAGCAAGACGGGGAACCCCAGGCUAUGCUGCGCCCGAGCUAUGGAUGCCUUUCCCAGUUACACACAAAUGUGAUGUUUAUAGUUUCGGGAUGCUACUUUUUGAGAUCAUUGGGAGGAGAAGAAACAUGGACAUGGGUGUUGUUGAAAGCCAACAAUAUUGGUUCCCGGUAUGGGCAUGGAGCAAAUAUGAAAACAAACAGUUGAAGGAUUUGAUGAUUGCUUGUGGGUUUGCAAAAACAGACGAACAAGUUGUGCAGAGGAUGCUUAAGGUGGCUCUUUGUUGUGUUCAGUAUAAGCCAGAGAAUAGGCCAGUGAUGAGCAUCGUUGUGAAAAUGUUGGAAGGAACUUCACAGAUUCCGGAGCCUCUAGAUCCUUUUACACAUCUGUUUACAGGGGUCAAUGAGGCAGGUGACUCUCCGUUUAUUCCCCUAGCCAUGGCCCAGUUCCUGCAUGACAUGGAAAGAGAAAAGCCCACUCAGUUUACCUCUCAGCAGCUAAAAAUAGCAACAGACAACUUUACAAUCAAACUAGGUUCAGGUGGGUUUGGGGCUGUUUACAAGGGUAUCAUUGGUAACAACACACUUGUAGCAGUGAAAGUACUAAAUGGAACUUCCGACGAGAGCAUUAUUGAGCAACAAUUCAUAGCUGAAAUGAGCACAAUGGGAAGAACCUAUCACUUUAAUCUGGUUAGGCUAUAUGGAUUUUGCUUUGAGUCAAAUUUAAGAGCUCUUGUAUACGAGUUUAUGGUAAAUGGCUCUUUGGAUCACUAUUUGCUUAAACCGGACAAAAAAACAGUUAUAGGGUUUGAGAAGCUCCAUGAAAUUGCAUUGGGGACGGCAAGAGGUCUAGCAUACUUGCACGAAGAAUGUCCUCAAAGAAUAGUCCACUAUGAUAUCAAACCAGGGAACAUACUCUUGGAUUCAAAUUUUUGUGCUAAAGUAGCCGAUUUUGGUUUAGCCAAACUAUGCAACAGGGAUAGUUCUUACAUAACUAUGACCGGAGGAAGGGGUACCCCUGGCUAUGCAGCACCCGAGCUAUGGAUGGCUCUCCCCGUCACACACAAAUCUGAUGUAUAUAGUUUCGGAAUACUACUCUUUGAGAUCAUUGGUAGGUGGAGAAAGAACAUGGACAUGACUCCUGAUGAUAUCAAAAAUUGGUUUCCUGUAUGGGCAUGGGGCAAAUAUGAAAAGAAACAAUUAAGGGAUUUGAUGAUAGCUUGUCAGAUUGCAAAAGAGGACGAAGAAGUUGCGGAGAGGAUGAUUAAGGUGGCUCUUUGUUGUGUUCAGUAUAAGCCCGAGGCUAGGCCUCUGAUGAGCAUCGUUGUGCAAAUGUUGGAAGGGGCUUUACAGGUUCCGGAGCCUCCAAAUCCUUUUACACAUAUAAUUUCAGGUGAUAGUGAGGCAGGCGAUUCUCUUACGCAAAUGGCAUUGAAUAUUGAAAACUCAGAUUGGUCUUCAUCCGAAGUGGCAUCCAAAUCUACAUCAGUAGAGCAAACACCAAUUAUGAAGAAACAUGAGAUCACAUUUGCAUCGGUGUAAUCACAUUGGCUCAAAUGGCAUGGAAUGUUGGUGGCCUAGAUUGGUCUUCAUCCGAAGCAGUUCACAAAUCGACUGUAGUUAACGAGACACCCCUUAUGAAAACAUAUAAGAUCCAAGUGGCCUCUGAAUAGUCGUACAGAAUGAAAGGCGAGUUUAUUUUGAUGUAUGCAGGAGCUUAUGGCUAACUCUAAGUUUUGCCUUCUAACGUCUUGUAUUUAGAACAGUAGGAACGAUAUAUAUCUGCUUCUGUUGCUAAAUGUAAAUUUAGCUUACUCUUUUCAAAUCAAAAUUUAUAUAUAUACAUUA